GAAAAACUUACUUAAUACCCGUCAGAUAAACAAACUUACUUGAAGGUUAACAAGUUGAAAAUAAAACUUUGAAAGUGAUUUGCAACAUCAGCAAACAAGGAUAUAACUAAUGCAGGUGCACAUAAUGUAAUGGAUUAUUUUUUGAUAUGUACCUAGUGAUGUCACAAACAUGGUAACUAGGGGUCAUGCAAAGAUAUAAAUACUGCUGAUACCGAGUGGUUCGAAGCAAAGCAAGAGACUUCAAAAUGAAGAAAACAAGAUAUUUCCUCAUUGCAACCCUUGUGAUUUUCACUUUUGCUGGUAUGGCCGUAUGUAGUCAGACUGAUGAUGAAAUGAAACAACCGGCCUGUGAUAAAUAUAUUUUUCCAGCAUGUCCGAGGAAUUAUGCUCCACUCUGUGGCACAGAUGGUAAAACCUACUCAAAUGAGUGUGUGCUGUGCAUGGAGAUCAAGCAACGAAAGGCCAACAUUCGUAUACGUAAACCAGGACCUUGCUGAUUUGCACAUCUCAACACGAGAAUGAAAACCGCAUUUUUGCAAAUGCAAUGACAAUCUUCUUGAUAAAUAAACAGCAAAAUUGUUUACCA